GAGCCUUUGGAAAAUUAACGGACCGACCGUCAGACGGGAUGGGGUCUACGGGCUGAGAGAGCGGGCGUGGAUGGCCCAUUAGCCGUGGGCGGGUCGGAGCGUUAUAAUAACAUUUGCGCUAAGUGUCCUAGGCUUCCUAAUCAUGCACAUAAUGUUGGUCAUCCGUAACACCACAACUAUUGAGGCGUAUGAGAAACAUACAGCUCCUAACUCUCCAUAUAACCUUGGUCGUAAGCAAAACUUUGAACAGGUUUUUGGAAAGGAUAAACUGUAUUGGUUCGUGCCAUUGUACACACAAGACGAUAUGAAGAGGAUGCCAGCACUUCGAGGGUUAGACUUCACGAGCAGGUCCGAAGAGUCUGAGCCGCUUCACUCUCUAUGACAUUAAAACUUCAAACUCUUGGAAAUGGGUUUCUGCUUUUGUGUAUGUAUCAUUGAUGUCUUUGUGUAUUAAAGAUCGGUGCUUCUUUUAUGGAAUUUGAUUCUUCGUGUAAAAAAAAAUACUCGAACUUUUUGCACUCCAUACAUAAUUGGGAUUCAUGCUCAUUUUAAAACGCUUUCUAGUCUAUUUCAUCAAAUUAUUUUUCUUGUUGUGCAAACAAUUAUUCUCAAAAUAAGUGAUGUUUAAAGUUUUUGCGUACUGAUUAAGAUACCACUAAUGUUUAUUCUAUUUAUAGUUUUUUAAAUUUUGAUGAUAAUUUAAGAAAAUAAUGAUCUUUUAUUUUAUUGUUAGUUGUGUUUUAUAUUUAUUUACUAGUAAAAUAUAUGUCAGAUGGUUUACUAUCUUAGAUCUUAAUAUUAUUAGUAUAUUUAGUUUACCUAACUAAAUAAAUAUUUUGAUUUUUGAUUCUGUUAAGUUUUUAACGAACCAAACCGAACUGCUUGAGUUUAUGAAGACAUUAACCUAAUAGUUGGGAGAUAUAAUUUUGGUUGGUUUGAGUCGGCUUGAAUUCAGUUGGUUCGGUUCGGUUUAAUAUUUUGUCGACCCCUAGUUAGUAUAUAAACAUGUCAAUUAGGGCCAAAAUCUGCGGUCUGAUUCUGUCCGGUCCUAAAAAUUAAUAGGUUGGGACUUAGUUUUUAAGCCCAAAAAAUUGGACCUUUCGGACUAAGUUCAUUUGGACUAUGGAUAUUUGGACCUAAGCCUGUUUGGGCUAGAACGGGUCUGAAAAUCCGAAACUUUAUAUUUUAGUUUAAAUAUUAUCAUUCUUGCAAUCAAAACCUUUAUUAAUAGUGACAUAUUAUUUUAAUAAGAUCCAAACACUAAACAAAUUUGAAAGUUGUUAAUGCACCUUAUUGUUUAAUCAUUACAAAUAUAACAUUUUAAAUUUUGCAAAUGUACCUUCUUCUUUUAUAACAUAUUUUUUCAACAUACAAAGUCUGAAAUGUUUGAGCAUGUUUAUCAUAAAUUUUGUGUUUAUAUAUUUAGUUUAAAUUUAUAUUUAUUAUUUAAGUUUUAUUAAAUUUUGUUAGUUUAUAAUAUGUUUUUAAAGUAUACGAAAAAAUAAAAUAUUUUUGACAAAGAAUAAAAGUUUAAACUCACUUUAUAUUUUAAAAUAAAAAGUUGAAAUUGAUUUAUAUGAAAAUUCACACGUAUUUUUUUGGUCAAAUAAAAAUUUACAUGUAUUAAAAUGAUAGAAGUGACAAUAAUUAGUUAUUUUUUGAAAAGCCCAAAAAUUCCAAAAAGCCAUGUAACACUAUAAAGGCGGGCCAGACCGGACUCAAAUAUUUACAGGCUUAAGCAGGUUUGGGCCGGGCCAGCCCGGAUUGACACCCCUACUAGUAUGUAGCUAAAUCACUCUAAGUAAUUAAGUAGCAUUUAGAUGUAAUAUGGCAAAGUUACAUUUCCUACAACUAUUUUGUAAUAAAAAAUAUCCAAAAACUGACAGUUGUCAACAUAACAAUAUAUAUAUGUAUAUAUAUAUAUAUAUAUAUCAUACCUAUAAUAGAUUGCAUAAUCUUAUCUAAUUACGCCAUUUUUAGAAGAUAAUCUUAGAGAGCAAAUUUUGUGUGUAACCAUCAGCCAAUCAUAUUGCAACUUUUGUGAAAAUUAUCUCAAGUAGAUUCCUUCAUUGUCCUCUCAGUGAAAACUGUAUAAAGGGUUGAAAAAAGUCUCACACUUGCAACAACAUCUCGAGAGGUUUCUUCUCUCUCUCUUCUGCUGAUCGUUUGUUGUUCAAAGGUCUUUAGAUCUUUCUCCUUGAGUUAGCACCAUUAAUCUGCUGUUUGGUUUGGUUUGGUUUGCCUUUACGGUUUUCGUUAAUACCGAUCGUUAUGAACUAGAUUACAGUCUUGAGUUGCUCAUGUGUAGGGCUCUUGAGUUACUGGUUAAUAAAGGUUUUGCUCUUAUGGUUGAUCCUGUUGCGUUUUAGUUGGAUUCUUUUUUUAUUACUCUUGACGUUGCUAAGAUUCUGCUAAUAUUGUUUGAGAGUUAUGGGUUCACUGUUGUUGUCUCCCUCGAAUUUUGUUGAGUUGCAUUUUCCAGUUUUAUUUGAAGAUAUAUGAUCUUGUGUUCAAAGAUGCAAUUUCAUUGUUUGCAUCUGAGCUCUCUCAUAUGAGUUUUAUUUAUUUGUGUUUAAGUGUAGUAACCAGGGGAAGAUGGAGGGAGAUGGAAGAGAUCCUUUCAACGUUGAUUCUCCUUUUGGUGGUUCUUUUAGUGGUUCUUUUGGUGGAUCUGGUGGCCCGAACACUGGUCCCCCGAGUCAGAUGUCUAAUGUUUUUGGAGGAGACGCUUUUGAUGGUUUUGGUGCCCCUAACAAUGAACCUCCGAGUGAGAUGUCUAAUGUUUUUGGAGGAGACUCUUUUGGUGGAUCUAAUGGUGAUCCAUUUGGUGGCUCUUUUGGUGGAUCUAAUGGUGAUCCGUUUGAUGACCCUUUCUUCACCCAGCCUUUUGGUGGUAACAUGUUUCAGCCCAGCUUGUUUGGUCCUCCUACCACGGACCCUUUUGCAGGAGUGCGUCCUCCUCCAUUAGGGUUUAUCGAGAAUCAUCAUCACCAGCCACCACAACCGAGACUACCAGGUGGAGCGUUUAUUGAAGAGCUCAAUGUUUUAGAUGCUGAGGAAGAAGGAGUAGCAUAUCAGGAGAAGAGCGUAAUCCUAGGGAAACGUGGCAGGUCAAGCAGUGAGGUGGAAACUGAAGAGGAUAUAGCUGAAGAGAGAAGGAUCACACACAUGCAAAACAUGAAUGCAAAUGCUAUGGUGGACAAUGGACAAUGGGAACAACAAACUCAAGAGAGAAGGAUCACACACAUGCAAAACAUGAAUGCAAAUGCUAUGGUGAACAAUGGACAAUGGCAGCCACAAACUCAAGAGAGAAGGAUCACAAACAUGCACAACAUGCAUGCAAAUGCUAUGGUGACCUAUGAACAAUGGCAACCACAAACUCAAGUCAGACACAUGCAAAACAUGAAUACAAAUGCUAUGGUGAACAGUGGACAAUGGCAGCCACAGACUCAAGGUUAUAAUUUCCAGAGCUCGACUGUUACUUAUGGUGGUCUUGACGGAAACUACUACACUUCGUCCACGACCAGAAGGACAGGAAGUGAUGGGUUAACUCUUGAAGAAAGCAAAGAAGCUAAUACUGCAACUCGCGAAGCAGCGCACAGGAUUUCAAGAGGCUUCCAUAACAGGGGCCACACGGUUGAGCGUACUCGCAACUCGGAUGGUCGGGUUGGUACAAACCAGAUCUUGCACAAUCUGAACGAAGGCAAGUAGCACUUUCCUCGUUAUGCUUCAGAAAAAUUCUAUUGUGUAGAUGAGAGAACCUCGAAUUUAUAAACGUUACUUUCUCUUGCUGCAGAUGAAUUGGCUGGUUUUGAGCAGUCUUGGAGUAGCAAUGCUGGAAUGCAAAUGCAAUUCCCCAGUCUGUCGGGUUCCUUUGGCAGUGGCUUUGUUAACAGAGAGCAACCAAUGUUGCCUCCUCCGACUGAUCCAAGCUCUUCUCGUGCAAGAAGAGGGCCUUACCGUCACAGAAGAAGGAAUGCAACGGAUUUAAGCAGACUGGGUUUCUAAAGGCUUCAAGUGAAUGUAACCAAAAGACUAUUAUAUACUUUACUUUGGUUGCAUGGUUACUGUAACCUCUGUAUGAUGACAUGAUUUGAGUGGUUUAUGAUUUAUGGUUUAUGGUU